AUGAAAGGGAGGUGCUUCGAUCCUGAAGCUGCAGGGAUCCAACAAGGAGAGUAUUACCAGUUAGUUAAAUUUGCGCUGAAGUUAUGGGGAGCUAACAGGGAGGGGGCAUUCAUGCUCUUUCUUCAAACUUACCCAUUUCCAUCCAUCUCUUUGCUCUUUUGCAUACUUUCUACUGCGUGUCUGCCCGUGUUUGUUAGGUUGGGCACAAACUUCACUUUGCUUUUGAUACUAUGUGAUGGGGGUUUGUUGUUGCGCCCUCCAGGGGCGUCGGAUGAAAUCCGUGAGGUAUGA